AUGGAUAGCCCCGAUAUUACACCGCUUGAUGUAAUGCAGGCCUAUGACAAAGACCCCCAGGCCUUGCUUAGCCAGCUGGACCAAAUUGCAAGCGGCGAGUCGCCUAGGCCUUUAGUGAACAUUCCUUCUGCCUUUGAUCUGGCUGGAUUUCCCUUCUCUGUUCAUUACGGCCGCAUUGUGAGUAUCUAUGGCACUGUGCUGAAAAUUGGCCUGCUUGGUUUUCGCCAAGAUGCCGACCGCAAAGUUGAUUACCAAGAGAUUCGUGUGCAAGAGCGCAGUAAUGUUUAUCUAUCGCAGACCAUAACUGUUUAUUUAGAAGGACCGCUUGUGGAAAGCUGUCGGCCUGGCGAGCUUUUAAGAAUUACAGGCGUGGUUAAAGUGCUCUGGAAUAGGAUCAGGCCUUUACAGCCACUAGAUUGUGAAUAUGCGCUCUCUGCCCUAAGCAUUUCUAAGCAGACUCCACUCGCUAGUCCCGCGCCCGUUGAGGUGGCUCGGCCCAGUGAGUACCAUACACUUAUGGAGGCGCUUUCUCAGUACGCCCCGCGGCUGAAUGGACUACUCCACUGCAAGCUAGGCAUGCUUCUGUGCUCUCUAGGCGGCUGUGAGUCUCGGAAAGACCCCAAAGAGGGCAGUGGUAGUUCGAAUGCUGAGCAGUUGUACAGAGAUGCUCAAACUAAGAACCGAACCUCUUGCCACCUAUUAAUGGUGGGGCGCACUGGAUCAGGAAAGAGCGAGUUCCUUUCAUUUGCCGCCAAGACCUUAAAACCGGCUGUGCUAACUACUGGCAUUGGCUGUACCUCCGCGGGCCUGACUGCCUGUGCAAUUCGCGAGAAGAACAAUUGGAGUAUUGAGCCGGGAGCUUUGCCCCAGGCCGAUGGCGGUAUUUGCUGCAUCGAUGAGUUUGGAUCGCUUAAGAAGGAGGACAAGGCUUCUAUUCUCGAAGCUAUGGAGCAGCAGACUUUGACUGUAGCUAAAGCAGGAAUGCUUGUGCGGCUAGAUACUCGGUGCUCGGUAGUAGCUGCGAUUCGGCAUGCAGCAAUUAUCCGGGAGGGAAUUCUUCCCUCUCUUAAACUACCACCCCCACUACUCUCACGUUUUGAUUUGGUUUUAUCUCUUGAUGACGCAACUCCUAAUAAUGAAGACAUCUGUCGUAGCAUUAUUUGGCGACAGCCCAAUGAAAGUGCUACUGUAUACAUAAGAGAUCUUUUACUUCGCCGUCGGCCUAAACAGGUUGUUCUUUCCGAUCAGGCUCGCUUGUUGAUUGGUAAGUACUAUGAGCGACAACGACGAACACCUGGCACAACUGUCCGAGCUUUAGAAAGCCACAUCAGACUAACAGAGGCCUAUGCUAAACUCAUGGAUCGCUCUGAAGCCAUCCAUACCGAUGCUCUAAUCACGGCCCUUCUACUAGAUGCCAAUCUAACUCUAACUCCUCUUUGGCCCCAUCUUCGACUGGACACCCUACUACUUUCGUCCACCCAGCUCCAACUCGCUCUCGACCAGAUUGAAGCUGAACUCCUAGAAUAG